GACGAUGAUAAUAACGAAAAAUAUGAAAGAAUGAAGUAAUAAUUAGAGAUGAAGCUGUGCAAAAAAAUCAUCGGUUACCUUCUACGAGAAUUGUUCUAUUUGCGUGUGCACAGAUAAAAAAUGCUUCAUAGUGUUCUGUGACUAGUGUAUAACCUAAAUAUCUGUAUAUUCGUGUUCUGUGCUAAAUAUAAAUAACAAAAUUUAAAACUAAAAUAAUCUGAUAAUUUGAGAUAAGUGCUGAUAAUAAUAAUAUUGAAACAUUUAAUAAAUCUUGGAAUCAUAAUACGGAAGGCAAAAAAAUGGUUUAUGAAAAUAUCCUGCGGAUCAAACACCUCCCAAAGGAAUUGUCUGAAGAGGAAAAGGAAGAAUUUUUACAACACUUUGGUGCCAUUCAAGUGAAAAUCGUCAAUUAUAAAAAGGAAGAUGUGAUUGCUUUUGCAAAAUUUGAAAAUGCAGAAGUUGCUAAGGCUGCUAUGUUCAGAUUACACCAACUUGCCGUUUUGAGUUCUAGAUUGAACGUUGUUUAUGCAGAAAACGAUAUAGGUGAUCGCAAAAUUAAAUUAAAGAAGAUAGAAGAAGAUGACAAUUUCCAGAAGAAAUGCUUCAAAAAUUUCAUUGUUAAAAUGCAUUCUUUUAACCACUCUGUAGGCUUCCAUCAACCACCACCACCCCACUUGAGGUACGAGUAUCCUAAGGCAAAUAGGCCUACUGUUAAUAAUAUUGCUCAUGUACUAGCUACAGUUCCAAAGUUUUAUGUACAAGUUUUACAUUUGAUGAACAGAAUGAAUCUCCCUCCACCUUUUGUUAUUGAAAAUCCUCCUUUAAAGCACAUGAAACCACCAGUGAAUGUAGUACAACCUAAACCAGUUCCUGUGACACAACCAGAUGUUGAAAAUAAAAGUUCUUCAGAAUCAGAAAUUGAGAGUGAUGGUGAAACGAAAACAAGAGAUGUUAUUCCUCAGAAACAGUCUGCAGUAAAGAAAACAAUAAAACGUCCAAAAUUCAUCAAACCAAAUGCAAAACAGGUCAUUGCCAGCAAGAGAUUGAAAAGUGAAGAAGUUUUCGAUCAAGUUGACAUAUCUGUUCAGAAGAAAAUUGAAGUAAAAGUUUCAGGACAAAUGCCAGAGAGAAAUGUAGAGAAUGACAAAAUAUCUUCAGUAAAUGAUGAAGUGGUUGAAGAAACACCUGAUAUCAAGGAGAAAGGAACUGUAAUAAGCGAUGAAGAGCUGAAAAGUAAUCAAAUUCCUUCCGAUAAUUUAAGUGUAUUAGCUGUUUUCAAAGAUUAUCACCCUGGUGUUCCGAGUAAUAGACUUUACAUAAAGAAUAUUGCUAAAAAUGUUACAACUGAAGAUUUAGCAUACAUUUUCGAGAGAUAUAAAAGUGAACCAACUGGAGACCAAGCUUCUUUGUUUGAAAUUAAGUUGAUGCAGGAAGGUCGAAUGAAAGGACAAGCUUUUGUGACCUUAGAUAGUGUACAGAUUGCACAGAAAGCUGUUGAAGAGACAAAUGGAUUCAUUCUGAAAGACAAACCUCUUGUGGUUGUUUAUGGAAGAAAUGCAGCACAAAAACCAAAAAGUUGAUAGUUUGAGAUAGCAAUGUGACUUUGAGUUUAAUAAUGUAGUGGUGCCUUAUCCUAGUUAUGUAGUAGUUUUAUAUAUUUAUUAUGAACUCAAUCUUUCAAUAUUCCAAGAACCUGAUUCAUAAAAAUUUCAUUCCACAAUAUGAAUGAAAAUAAGACCAAAAUAUAUUGAUUAUUUUCUAUUUCUGAGUGUAUUUGAGUAAAUUUGAUUGUGUUUUAACAU